AUGAACAAAAACAGUCUUUUAGAUGGUUUUGCAUUUAACUCUUCUCCAGUUGCAGAUAGAACCAACCCUGACUUAGACUUUAGCAUUGGUUUUGAUAUGACAUUCAGAUCGAACGAUUUACAGAAUGAAUUAGAAUUUUCGAAGCUUACAUUCCAACCAGAUUACGAUAUGCCAUCUAAAGGCUUCCUUGAACCGCCUGAAGAGCCAAUUAUUCAACAGACUCCUCAAAUACCACAGCCUCCUAUAAAUACUACCAUUAGACCUUCGACGCCGAAGUCAAAGCGGACGCCUAUGGUAUUCAAACCUUUUGCGUCCUUUGAGGCUACAGAAAUUACUGUUCAACAACUAAAAAACGGAUUAUCUAAUAGAGUAAGUUCAUACAUGACACGAGCACAAUCUUUAGGUACAUUACCUUAUCCUAUGUAA